ACUGCUGGAAAGUAUGGCUACUUGAGGCGAUGCACCUGUGUACAAGGUCCUACGUUGACUUUGUCAGUCAGUCGUUAGGUGAAGUGGUAUUUGAACCCGUAACUCACUAAUUGAAAGUUAACUGCCUAAGCCAACAAGCUAUAGUUCUACGAUAAACCCUAUAGUCGUCUACGUUUGUCACUUUUCAACUUCUCAUUUUCUUUUGUGAUAUUGCCUACCACUGUUGUCUAGUGUUCAAUCAUAUGAAUGAAUUUUAUCACGGUGGUAUAGUAAUGUUUAUAUUUGGUUUCUAUUCGUAUAUGAAGUGACUGCAGUUUAGAUAAUGUUAUAAAUGAGUUCAAUCGUGAAUUCUGGUAACAGCGUUCAUUCGAAGAGAUAUUGUUAUGAUUUUUCCCGAAAUUUAACCCUACCGACUACUGUACUCAUAGUUGAGAGUGUAUUACUCACAUGUUCAUCUUUCAUCAGAUUGUUGAAGACGCUUUUAGUUGCCAGCAUGCCAUAUUAGGCACAUCUGUGAGCUGGAGAUGGAAUCUAAUCCUGCCAGUCGAGUUGUUUUGCAUAUAUAUUUCCCUUAAUUAAGUGUCUGAAGUAUAUGUAAACAUCAGCACCUCAGGAGAAUGAAGACAUAUACAACCACUUCUGUUCAUUUUCCCAGAUUAAAAUUGCGGUUGAACAAAGUUGCAAUUAUACCACUAAUGAUAUUCUCAAGACAUUUCUAUGGGAAGUGCAUGGUGAUGGUAUAAAUCUAUCUCCAAGUGAAAGAACUUUCGACCCACAGUAUAAGAAAGAUAUCGUCUUACUGUAUGGUAACACGCAAGCCUCUCGAAUCACAAUGUCUUCACCUUAUGCUAAACGUAUGACAUUGCUUGCUGGACGUAUAUUUAAAGAUGUUGGCAGACAAAUUGAUAAUAAAUCAAUGAAAGUUGUAAAGAUAAUGAGUGAAUUGCCUCGUCCAAUGAUAUUGAAAGACUAUUAUACUAGUUUAGAGGAGUAUAGCAGUAUCUUAUGGAAACUACGUUAUCUUGGUUUGUAUCGAGAUGAACAUGCAGAUUUUCGUGAAGAAAUGGCACGUCAACGUAAAUUACGUGGUAAAGGGAAGAAGAAAAAAGGUGAAACAGAGAAUGCAGUCACAAAGUGAAUUGUUUAUUUCCAAUACUGUGUAACUACUUGGUAUAUUUGGUUGUAUAUAGUUUUAGUGGUUGUUAAAAAUUGUUCAAAGACUUUAUUGCUUAUCGAAUGGGUUUUUCUAUGUAUUUGAUUAAUUGCAUAGUGUAUAAUUUGGUAGAUAUUUAUAAAGAUUAAGUUGUUUAUUCUUGAUUUCAUAGCAACUAUAGACAAAAAGACAGAGAGGACCAACAUGGAACCUCGCCCAGGACUGCAUCAGAUCAAGUUGCCACAAUUCACAUUCGAAUACCAAGAACAAUCGGAUAGACAAAGACUGAUAUCAAGGUAGAUAAAGUUGUAUGGGAGAAUAAGUGAUUUGAUGUUAGAAGUUAGUGCAAAUAUUUAAGCUUUAGAAGACAUCAUUGUGACCGAUUUUCAG